AGCCUGACAGCAUAAUGCGCGCACUCGUGUUCCCCCGGAUGCGUGUUUACUCAGUCUCCUCUCCACCCUUGAAAUGAGAGAGGUACGGAGUGGAAGGGACAUCGUUUUACAAGAAAACCUCCACGAACGGACAUCCAAGAGCAAGACCGGUCGACAGACGAGCGCGAAGAGUCAAGGUGUAGCGCGUGGAUAAAUUGAUUUGACACCAAGGUCAAUUAUCUUUCUAUAUAAAUAUAAAAAAAAAAAACCUUUAGACACGGAGAAAUCAGGAACCUCUGAGGAUGGAGCAGGCAUACGGGGCUGGCAAGGCUGGUGGCACCUUCGAUCCAAUUACGUUCUUUCAGCAACCGCAGGCUAUUCUUCGCAUAGUGUCAUGGAUCUUUUCCAUUGUGAUCUUUGGAUGCAUUGCUAAUGAGGGCUAUGUGAACCGUCCGGACGAGGUGGAGGAGCAUUGCAUCUUUAACCGUAACCAGAAUGCCUGUAACUAUGCCGUGGGUAUGGGAGCCCUGGCCUUCCUCUGCUGUGCCGCUUUUAUGGCACUGGAUGUCUACUUUCCUCAGAUAAGCAGUGUUAAAGACCGCAAGAAGGCUGUGUUAGCUGAUAUUGGCAUUUCAGCCUUCUGGUCUUUCGUGUGGUUUGUGGGAUUCUGUUUCCUGGCCAAUCAGUGGCAGGUGGCUAAACCAGAAGAUAACCCCCUCAAAGAGGGUGGAGACGCAGCCAGAGCGGCCAUCACCUUCGCCUUCUUCUCCAUAUUUACUUGGGCUGGUCAAGCUUUUUUCGCAUUCCAGAGGUACAAGUUAGGAGCGAGUUCAUCUCUCUUCUCUCAGGACUAUACUGAUCCCAGCCAAGAUCCCGCAGGAGCACCUGCUGCAGCCACAGAGUACACUGGAUACAACGCUGACAUGGAGGCUAAUUAUGACGGCUCUGGUGGAUACCAGAACCAAGACUACUAAGGUCAAGUAUAAGGAUGUACACAACAGCCUUAACCAGCUAGGCUGACAGGGUUACAUGGGGCAAAAAAAAAAAACGUGAAAAGGACAAAUGGGAACUUAUUUUGGGCACUUGGGGUAGAAUAUGGGGGCCAUAACAGGCUGAAAGGAAUUCAGGGGUUUGUUUGGUGCUAUAAGAACCCCUUGUUGAUUUAACAUGAUUAUGAUAUUUUGCAGAGGCUGUGGCACAAGAUUCAGUUUUGGGCUUAUGGGUUUGGGGAUGAUCAAUUUGAUUGGUCUACAGAUGUGUGUCCAUCCUGAGCAAACCGUGGAUGGUGUCUGUUAUUAAAUAAAAGACUUCACUGAUUGGUUUAGUACACUAAAUCGAAAUCUGUGAAAAUGAAUCUCAACUAAACUGAUGGAACUUUGUCUCUAAAGCAGUCAUAGAAACUAACAAGCUUAAUAUUGGCCACACAUGCAACAAAACCUGACCAAACUAAAUGCUUCUAAAGAUCACAGUGUCUAUGUUGGUAAAGUGUAGGUGCUACAGGUGGAAGAUUUCGUUAACCCUUAACCUAGAUUGCAUUGAUAGCUCUCUGCUGCCAUUUUGUCAAUUGUCCAAGGAUCUUAAAAGAUCAUUUUGAACAAUAUCAGGUCUGGGAUUAAAUAAGUCUGUGCAUUGCUAGGCAUAGAGUGUACCAAGAGACAAACUGAAUGGUAAUACAGAGAAUAAAAAAAUAUUGAAAAUUUUUUAAUGUAUUUAUUUUUUGAGCUAUGAUUACGUGCAGCUGUGAUUAUGUUAUUUAAGGUUUAAGGUAUGUUUCUUUAAAGAAAGGCAACAUUUCAUAUAUACAGUGGCCCCAAACAGUAUUUGGACACAUAAGCACAGCUUAAAUAGCAUACAGGGUUCUCAAGCCUCAUGCAUUCACUGUGAGAUUUCAACCAGUUCAUACACCCCACCUUGUAUUUCUCACGCUGGAAGAAGUAAGGGAUAACUUGUCCGGCUGUCUACAAUUAAUUGACAAUUAUAGUUCAUGGCAGUCUGGAGUUAUACAGAGUUAAACUCUCCAGCCAAUCAGAAAUUAGAAUUUUGUUGUUUCAACAUGGAUGCACACACACUCGGAGUGUAAGUUGUAAGGUCAAGAUCCAAUGAAUGCUGUAGGUAGCCCUUUGUUUUAUUAAAAAAAAAAUUAAGCAUUUUGAUUUUACAAUUCCUAGACGAAAUCACUUGCCUGUGAUCCAAGAUAAUUGGUUAUUUGUAAAUCUGAUAAAGGACAGACAAAUUCAUCCAAAUAAAAUAAAUUGUUUUUUUUUAUGUUUCAAAAAUACAAUUGUAUCAAAAAUAAAAAUAAAUUUGGCCCCAAACGAGCCAACUGAACAGCAGUGCUCAAUAUACAUACUGUAUUACAUUAUGUACAUUUAAUGUACAUAGUAUGCCAGUAUGUCACUUGUGGAAAUAUUAUUCAUAAUUAUGUAUGCUAAUGAGUUCCUUUGUAGCACACCUAGUAUUGUUCUCUGACAAUCUUUUUUAUCAUUUCAAUUGAUAACAUUGAAAAAUUAUGAUUUUUUGAUCAUAUUUACUGUAAUAACUCUUGCUCUAGAGCAGCAGCAUUGUGUUAUUUCUUUUUUUUUUUUAAUUAUGAAAAAAAAUGUUCAGAAUUAUGUACCUGAAUAUAUAAAACCAGCAUAUUUUUUAUUUAAUGACAAAGAUGUAAUAUAAUCAAGUACACAAAGUAUCUUUACAAAUUUAUUAUGAAAAUAACUGUUAAAAAUAAUAAUAUUAAUUAUGUAUUUUGCAUUUAAAGGUGUUGUAGUGCUUUCUGAGUCAGGAAACUUUUUUUGUUGAAACUCCUAAAAAAGGAAAGCUACAAUACAAUCAACAUAUUAUAUAGGUUAUGUAUCAGAUGUGCUCUAUUAUAAUGUAUAUGUGCAGUUAUGGAGCUGGGAUACAAAAUAUUGUAAAUAAAUAAACAAAUUUUGAUGUAGUGACUGUCCAUUAACUGAAUCACUAGGUUAAAAUGGCUCAGUGUAUUUUGUCCUGUCUUGAAUGUUGCUUGUCUGGUAAGAUGUCUGAUAUAGCUGACAAUAAAAGAAAUUGACUGAUGGA